AUGAGUGAGGAGAGCCCAGAAUACUCGCCCUUCUUCGCUGUGAUGGGAGCCUCCUCGGCCAUGGUCUUCAGUGCUCUUGGAGCUGCAUAUGGAACAGCAAAGAGUGGUACAGGUAUUGCUGCCAUGUCUGUGAUGAGGCCUGAACUCAUCAUGAAGUCCAUCAUUCCUGUGGUCAUGGCUGGUAUUAUAGCCAUCUAUGGAUUGGUGGUGGCAGUGCUGAUAGCAAACAACAUAUCUGAGAAGCUCCCCCUCUACAAAAGCUUCCUGCACCUGGGUGCUGGUCUAAGCGUGGGCCUGAGUGGUCUGGCUGCUGGCUUUGCUAUCGGCAUUGUCGGCGACGCUGGUGUCAGAGGCACAGCUCAGCAGCCACGGCUCUUUGUUGGCAUGAUUCUCAUCUUGAUCUUUGCUGAAGUCCUGGGCCUUUACGGUCUUAUUGUGGCUCUUAUCCUGUCUACAAAAUAA